GGAGAGAGUGUAGUACAGAAACUAAUACUGACCUGUCUCACAUGUGGGAUUUAAAACAUACAGGCUAUUUGUGGACAUGUGGACGAGACAGCAGCGUGACCACAGGACACACACACACACACACUUAGAGAGGUGGACAUUUUCUUCAGCAGAAACCAGAUGUUUCAUGUUUCUCGAGGGGAGCAGCUGUCCAUCCAGGUCCUCAUUGGUAAAGUCAUGAAAUUCAAUGUGAUUGUGCGUAUGUGUCACUUGUGUGUUUUCUAAAGCAACACAUAUUAAACCCCCCUUGAAGAUAGCUGCUGAAAGGGGUCAUUUGUUUUUCUAGCUGAUUUAUCACGUGACAGGAAGCAGCAGGCCCACAAUGACCAGGUGAACACACGCACACACAGACACACAAACACCACAUGCCAUAUUCUCUUACCCACCACCUGCAUUAUUCAACACGAGUGUGAAAGCAAACUCCUGAAGCUCCUCACUGAGACGACAAACACAAGCUCCAGUGUUGGUUUCUCUGUUUUUCUGCUCUAACACUGAAAUGUUUGCCGCAGCCACUAAGAACUUUGUGAAGCAGGUGGGAGACACCGGGAGGUUGAUCCCCGUCCCGAGCCUGAGCGAGGCCGACCGGUACCAGCCGCUCAGCCUGGUCACGAGGAAGAGGAAGAGGCACCUGUGGAAGAAGAACAAGUUCGCGUCCACGGCCUUCUCCCUGAAGGACAUCCUGGUGGGAGAGAAGGAGAUCACAGCAGGCGUCUCGUCCUAUCAGCUCCUGAACUACGAGGACAAAUCGGACGUGGCCCUCAACGGCCGCCUGGGGAACCACAUCAUCAACGACGUGGGCUUCAACAUCAGCGGCUCGGACUCGGUGGCCGUCAAGGCCUCGUUCGGCAUCGUGACCAAACACGAGCUGGAGGUGCCCACGCUGCUGCGGGAGCUCAACUCCAGGAAAGUGGACCUGGAUCACUGCCUGGUCCGUCAGUCCAAGGAGAGCCGGCGCUGCGUCCUCUGCGUGGUCGUGGAGAGCAUCCGCACCACGCGGCAGUGCUCCCUCACCGUCCACGCCGGGAUGAGAGGGACCACCAUGAGGUUUCAGAUCGACGACGGGAGGAACCCCAGAGGUCGAGACAAGGCCAUCGUCAUCCCGGCUCACACCACCAUCGCCUACAGCAUCUGCCAGCUGUUUGUUCGCCUGGACGGCCGGCUCGAUAUUUGUGUUGCUCCUGAGUCUCAGGGCGGAUUUGAGCGGGAGCAGAUCCGGGAGCAGCUCGGAGGCUACAUCGGUCACUUCUCUAUGGGUCGACUGCGCCGCUUCCUGUCCGGGAUCAUCUACGGGAACCCCUUCAGAGCAGACGACCAGACGUUUGAGGAGCUCACCCACUCCGACACCUACAUGGACGACAUGGUGACGGACUACUACGAGAAAGCCGCCAGCAUGACGGACGUGUCCACCACCUACCUGAGGGAAAGCACCCACCCACGGGUCAACCUCCUCAAGCACAACAUCCCGAAGGGCCCCUGCGCGCUGUGCGGCAUGGGGAACCAGCGGCGGGAAACCGUGUACGGCUGCUUGGAGUGCUCGACCGGAGGCCAGAAGUACGUCCGCCUGCACGUGGUGCCCUGCUUUGACCUUUGGCACAAAACGCUUCGGUGAAGAAGAGGAGUUCUGACAAGUGGGAGCAGCUUGAUUCAGAUUCUACAAGCGUCACUGUUUACCGUGCUGUUUUUUCAGAUGUUUGAAUAAAAACCAUGAAAACUGGACAUUGAAACAUCCGUGAACCAACAUCAGUAAAAGAUCUGAACUCCAUUUGGUCUCUCACUUUUAUCCAGUGUCGAUUUUCCAUUUGACCUCUGCCCCCGGCCCAGUUUCUCACGUGUGCCGGAUGAUUAAUUAUUCAGUAAGAGUUUUAAAAAUGGACCCGAGGGAUCGUGUGAAGAAAGAAUGACCUGGUUUUGAUUUAGGCUGGUUUAUGAACCUUGAUAAUCUGAAUAGACCUCACAGUUUAGGUCUAUAAUG